AUGGGUUCCGAUUAUGAUACUUUUCAUCGAUUAGCUAUUGGAACAUGUCUCCUUUCAACUCUUUCCAUUUUUUUCUUGGCAAUAAUUGUUCCGAGUAUCUAUAAUCAAUCGAUGAGCGAUUACUACAAUAUUGAAGCAAGAGCUUUAGUUUACAAGGAUGAAACAAAUCGUUUAUGGGAAGAGAUGCAGACAUUUGGACAAGGAGCCGCUAAAUCAAAUGGAAUCCGUUUACCGAUCUUUUUCUCAAGAAAAAGACGAUCAGCUUGGGAUGCUGGAGUUUGUCGAGGUUGCACCCAGUUGACUUGUCCACAAGGCCUCUCCGGACCAGCAGGAGAAUCAGGAGAUGAUGGAAAACCGGGAAUGCCUGGGAACUCUGGAAAAGCAGGAGAUGAUGGAAUGGAUGUAGAGUUGAGUCCAGAGGAUGAAAUGCCUUGCACUAUUUGCCCGGGUGGACCUCCAGGACCAAGAGGAUCACAAGGUGAACGUGGAAUGACCGGUUACCCAGGAAUGCCUGGUGAUCGAGGAGAGAUGGGACGUCAAGGAAUGCAUGGAACCCAUGGGCAACCCGGGAACCCAGGAAAAUCUGGAGAGAAAGGAUUUGAAGGAGCUGCUGGCGAGCCGGGGAAGAUGGUUAUUGCAGGAAUCGGUUAUAAAGGACCCAAAGGCCCACCUGGACCUCAAGGACCUAUGGGGAAACAAGGACCAACUGGAAAAGCGGCGAAAGAGGCUGGAAAUCCUGGAAGCCCUGGAGAACCUGGUGGUGCUGGGCCAGCUGGAAAUGCGGGCAAACAAGGAGAGGAAGGAGCCUACGGUCCACCGGGAGAGCCGGGAAUGCCCGCCUCGUAUUGUCCAAGUGAUUGUGGUGUCUCACACAUCAUCACACCACAAAUGAAACAGCCAAAAGUCUCUGAUGCAGGAGCUGAUGGUGGUCGGGAUCUGUACGCUGGAUAUUCGGUUGGCACAGGUGAUGAUGAGUACAAUCGAGGUGAAAUGGCGGGACAUUCAAGCGGCGGCUACCGAAAUCGAUAUGCUUAUUGGCAGAAA